AGGUUGCCGAGGUGGAGUGGUGGUUUCAAGUUCUCCUGUUUGGCGCAGCAGAAAAUUUGAUUAAGACGUUCCCUCACCCCUCUUUUCAUAAAUAGAUUGUUGUCCAUUGCAUUGUGUUAAUUAUCCGAUUGCUUUGCGGAAUUACUGUCACCACAAAAUUUCAGUUUUACAGUUUCCUGUGACGAUUUACAUCCUAUUUGUGUGUUCAUCAUAUAAGGGGGCGACAUAAUCAUAGUUUAUCUUUUGUUUCUCAACCAUAUUGUCGUUCACGGUAUGUGAAACCUGUCAUUUUUUAGAUCAUAUUUUUACUGAAAAUGUUACUUAAAAGGACUCCAUUAGGUGUUUUCAAAAUCAAAGGAUUACGCCAAGCAUAUGGUGACUACUCGUAUUUGCAUAUGAGCCAAAAACAUGACAAAACUUCCUGUGCUGCAGCCUCUCGUGGGAAAACUGUGGUUGAUUUCACUGGCCGUUUAAUUAAUGGGAGUUUACGAUAUCGUGCGUCUGAUGAGCUACAAUCAACUUUCUCAACACCGCCCCCACAGAACUCUCGAAAACGUAACAAAGACUCUGAUGAAUGUUCAACAACCUGGGCUUCAAGGUUAAAGCAACUUCCAUGUUAUCUACAGCUGCCUCCUAUAUCUCUACCUGCUCGACUAGACGCGGUGGCUAUCGACUAUCUCCGAGAACAUUCUCUUUCUCCCCCGAAGGCGAUCGAAGAUCGUUCUAAAAUUCUUACAAAUUAUCUGUGGUCGCGCCCUCUUAUGUCUGAAGAAAAAGUUAUCCGUAAAUCGUCGAAAAUUGAGGACUCAGGGGACUUGGAUUCAUGGGAUGAAGACGAAGGUCUGAUGUUCGCUCUGAAGAACUUUACUUCUCAACGUGAAGCCCAAAUUAGUAGAGAAUUGGAUUUAAAGUCAUGGAAAUCACUAAGUUACUCUGGGCAUACUUGUGAGCUGUACCUUGUCUCACGUUUGGCACCCAACUUUGCUACCGUUUGCCGCGUCUUGUACGAAAUCCGUAAACGAUGCCCAAGUUUUAUUCCAAAGUCAUUAUUUGAUUUUGGCUCUGGGCUCGGAACAGUCACCUGGGCGACAAACACAGUCUGGCCAGUUGGUUGCGUACGCCAUCAUUAUCUGGUGGAACCAUCAUUACAUAUGACACGAAUAUCAGAGUUUAUGUUUCAAAAGCAGGGGAGUGUUCAACCCUCUGAAUUUGUGUUUCCUGGUGUUUACCAUCGCCGCUUCAUGCCUAGUACCAAGAAUCAAUAUAAUUUGGUAGUCUGUGCUAACAGUUUACUGGAAAUCCCGUGUAAAUCUUCUCGUUCACGUGUUAUUUCAUCAUUGUGGGAGAAAACAACUGAUUUUCUGGUCUUUAUUGAACAAGGAACAAAGUCCGGAUUUCAGGCAAUACUUGAAGCAAGAGACUUUUUGCGCACAAAUGGGGGACCGGACGUUCACAUUUUCAGUCCAUGUCCUCAUUUGCAGACUUGUGGAAAAAAGGAUUCCAACUGUAACAUUGUUGUACGAUAUUACAACUUUGGAUUAACGCGAUUCAAAAGUGAACCGUCUAGCGAGCUCAUUUCUUAUUUGGUUGUAUCAAAGGGGGAUUGGCGAAGACAUCAAGUCCCAGUCGUAAAACCUGAACCUGACCAAUUACCUCGGAUUGUCACUCAUAAACUAUUCAAACAUGAUCAGCCCAUUCACGAUAUAUGUAUGCCUUCCGGUGCAGUUGAACGUGUUCUAUUCCCUAAACAACAGACUGAUGCAGGUCUAUAUUACUACAUGAAACAAGCACAUUCUGGUGAUAUCGUCCCUGCUGAAGUGGUGGCCACAAAUGAAUCUGACCAUAUGAUUGAGUGUGUGAACGAAGAAGAUAAAGAAAAUAAACCGUCUUCACAGAGUUGUUGAUAUUUUUUACCGAAUAUUGGUGAUGCCAUUUAGUGUAAAUGCAUGUAAAAGUGAAUCCAGAAAUAAUUUAUAUGCAGUUACGUUAAUAAUAUAACAAACAAAUGUGUGUUACAUUCUGUACAAAGUCAAUUGCUCUCUCAUCUUUUAUUUUUUGUUGUUGUUUCAAGAAAGCAACUUAAGUUUGUGUAUGGAUAUAUUCGUUCAAUAAAUUUUAUAAUGAAGU